AUGAAGCUGGGCGCCGCCUGCCUCCUGUGGCUGCUGCUGCUCUGCCUGAGCCUGCCCGCCACGCACGGCCGCGUCCUGGAGCGCUCCGUGGAGAUCAGGACCCCGGACAUCGAUCCCUCGUGGUACACGGGCCGCGGGAUCCGGCCCGUGGGGCGCUUCGGGCGGCGGCGGGCGCUGGGCGGGCCCGGGGCUGCUCUGCGGGGCUGCGCUGCUCCUGCCCGGCUGGAGCCGAGCCCCUGA